AUGGGUCGUGUUAAGCUUCAGAUUAAAAGGAUUGAGAAUGAUACAAAUCGACAGGUUACCUUCUCCAAACGUAGAAAUGGACUAAUCAAGAAAGCUUAUGAGCUUUCAAUCCUUUGCGACAUAGAUAUUGCUCUCAUUAUGUUCUCACCAUCUGGUCGCGUCAGCCAUUUUUCAGGCAAGAAAAGAAUUGAAGAUGUGCUUAACCGAUACAUAAAUUUGCCUGAUCAAGAUAGAGGAGGCUUGGUGCGGAAUAAAGAGUUUUUGCUCAGCACCCUGAAGAAACUUCAAGCUGAAAAUGAUUUUGCACUUCAACUUGCUAGUUCUACUACUACUAACUCAAAUGUUGAGGAAAUCCAACGCGAAAUCGGUAACUUGCAACAUCAGCUUCAAUUGGCCGAGGAACAAUUAAGGGUGUAUGAGCCUGAGCCUUUAACACUCACAUCCAUGGCGGACCUUGAAUCAUGCGAGAAAAACCUUGAACAGGCUUUGGCACGUGUUACUCAAAGAAAGAAUUAUCUCAUCAGUAAUCAUAUGUCCACCUUCACUGAUCCAACCAAUGUACAGAUAUACUUGGAUGCACAAGAAGGUGUGCCAAGCUCUUUUGGAAAUGAGGUUGUGGGUUGGUUGCCAGAUAAUGCAGGAGGUCAAAACCCAACUCAUUAUUGUGCAGGAUCUGAAUCAUCUUGCAUUCCUGUUAGGAACCAAACAUCAAUUAGUACAAUCUAUGAUCCGAUGCCACAUGGAACAAACAUGACCGUUGAUACUUGUGACAUGGGCGGGUGCCAUGUCAGCACCUCAAGUAACGAUGGCCUUCCACCUUGGCAUCACAGCUAUUCUUCAACUGAGCUCCUUUCUGCCUUCAUGUCGUCUCCUACAUCUUUCCCUUUAAUGAAGGAUAUUGCUGGUCCAAGUAUUUCCCCAUCUGUGGUAUCACAGCAGCAGGUUGAGAAGCCAUCAAAUUGGCCUCAAAUGCCAUCUAGUGAUGAAGGUGCAAACUAUGAGAGCAAGCUGCCACAUCUUACUGUAGAUUAA